AUGCUGGGGGAGGAUGAGCUGCGGCAGACGGAGAGUCAAACCUACACAACGUCACACAAGCAAAUGGAGAGCCACCCCCCUAAGUGAGUCACCCUGCGGAUUCUACCUUAAAAUAACACUGUUUUAUGAUCUGUACUCCUUUCAUAUGAUAGGCCUAUAUGAUUUUAGAAGGUGUUUGAGAAGCACCCAAAUACCCCCAAGAAAAAGUAGGGCAUCCCAGCAGGUAGUCCUAGUGUUCUACUUAGGUCUUACAUAUGGCAUUAUCACUUCAAAAAGCAAACAUCUUAAGCAUUUUAGAUUGCAGAGAGGCUCAGGAAUAAUAUUUGACUGUGAGGGAGAUUUCUCACGCAAAUCUUCAAGAGAGGAGCCUUAUUGAAGAUGGGAGAGGAUUUUGUUAUUAGAACAUUAUGUGCCUCUGGAGCAUACUGAAUCUCACAGAUAGUGGUGAGAAAAUGAUUAAUAACCAUAAUCAGAGCAGUAUCUAAAUAUAGACUCCCAUUAACCAGCUGGCCUUCAUAAAUGUGAAUAAGCCAUCAGGUCAAAUGGGAUAAAAGACUGACAGGGCUGAGAGACAAACUGAGAGACGGAUAUUGUGGGCCCUGCCUUGAGUCAUUGGGUCAGAACGGUCUGCAUCUCAGACGGUCCACCUAAAAUAAUGCAUUGGCACUGUGAUGUGGCCCCAUGAAAACAGAGUACACAUUGAGAACAAAGAAAGACUGACUAACUAGUGGAAUAUCACUCAAACUACAGCCAAUUCAAUUCGAUACCAUUAUUUCACAUUGAAGCCACAUAAAGACUUUCACAAGAAGGAGGUCAAGCCAAGCAACACCUGUUUUCAUUGUAUAUAGAACACAUCUGAGAUGACUCCAUAAUAAACUAUAUAUGAAUAUACUCUUAUCUCAUUCCUCAUACCUAUGCACAGCUGGGCCCGGGCAGAGAACAACACAUGAAUCAGAGUAGUAAUCUAUCCCUGUCCGCCCUCACAGAACAAGAAACAUUAAUACUGCAUUUCAUCUCACCUGCUGGGUGGCUCUAUGGAACUAGUGACUGCAGGUGACAGCCACUGUGAUGUUGAAUGAACUGCUGGAGCCACCUGCCUCUGCCCUUAGCUUAUGAUGGUCUGUGUUUCUCUGGUCUCCACGGUGAUUGACAGGUAUGGGAUAGCAAACAAAGCAAUGCAAUCAAACAGCGAAAGCGGACGUGGGGGACCUAUCCACAUGCAGCAGGAUCAAAGAAGAGACAUGAACUACACUAGAGCAGACCUGCACUGCAAUAUUGAUGCUUUACUGGGGAAACAGUGGACAAAGAGACAUGACACUCUUACCUCUCUAUGUAUGUUGUGCUAGGUUGGAAGUUGGAACCACAGGUGUAUAUCAUGUUUAUAUUCAUAGCCUCAGUCGCCUGACUUGAUUGAUGAGGCAGACUGUGUACAGAGAAUAUGGAGAAUAUGGACUGCUGGAGAAUAUAGAGUCUAGACUGUCCAGAUGCUGCCCUCCUCUCCAUGACUGAUGUUUAGAGUGGGGCGCUAGCUAUGCAGAGGUCAUGGGUUCAAAUCCAACUGGGACCACAAACACAUACUACACAUGUAAGUACUCACUGCAGAGUAAGUAACUUUGGAUAAAAGCAUCUGCUAAGCAGCUUACAUUAUUGUAUUAUAUAAUUAAAGCUGGUUACAGAUCUUGGAGUGAGAAUGAUAAGUAGCUGACUGAGACUAUUGCUGAGGCUGGUCAAGACCUUGUGGCCUCUGGGUAGGCUUAGCAGUUGUAGAUAUUGGUGGCCAGUAACUUACUUGACCCAGUACUCAUUACUUGUUUUAUAUGAAUGCAGUCAGACCAGUGGAGCGUGGAGUGAGAUUUGUAAGCUGCAGUGUUUACCUGAUAUAAAAAUGUUUAUGAAUUAUUGAUGUUUCUCAAAGAGCUCAGUUUGGUAAAUGAGAGUAUGUUGUUGCAUGACUUGAAACUGAAUUGCCAGCAACAAUACCCAAGGUACUGUAGGUAGGAAAACAGUCUGAUAUUCAGUGUGUGUGUGUGUGUGUGUGUGUGUGUGUGUGUGUGUGUGUGUGUGUGUGUGUGUGUGCCUGUGUGUUCUCUUAGCAGGAGAUAUAAAGCCUAUCAACAUAAAGCAGGCUCUGUAUUGUAAUCUCCCUCUGAUUUCUCCAACCACUUACCUUCACAUCUGUGGGAACACUGGGGCUUCACAGAGGAGCCUGAAAACAAAAGCAUAAACUGUGUGUCAGAAUGGCUCUGUCUGAAAUAAAUCAAUACUGCAUGACCGUUGAUUUUCAUUUUGAUCAAUUUUUAAACCAUCUAAAUGCGAACCCAUUCAUAACACGUUUCAAGUGUUACAUGGAACCUAUGAGUAAUUCAUGAAUUAUGUACUGUGGUAGAAAUUAUAGGGCAAUCAAAAACAUGUUUUUACAGAUUGAUAGGGGGUCUCUGAAAAUAUCUCUGAAAUACUAAAAUAUACUCUAUGAAACUGUGAAUCACAUUAAUGAUCAAAUUGUCAUAACCUAGCCCACUCUAUUAUGAUGGGUCGGGGGCCACGGGAAGGUGCCCUGCAUGCCCGUUUGGUAAUCUGGCCCUGUUUUGUUUUUUUUCACCAAUUAGAUCUGAAAAAUAUCUGACGUCAAAAGACAAAUUAGUGGAAUAAAGAUCAGAAUUGUGCUGCUUGUCAAAGUGCAGUUGAAAUAGCUUAGCGCUAGACAAUUGUUUUUUUAAUGAUGGAUUUAUGCUGCAUUCAUAAAAAAGUGGGAGGUGGGAAUUUACCAGUUGUGAAGUCAUAAAUGCUUUCGUGUGCUUUGAACUCGUUGAGAAACGCCAAUUGGCUAAUGGCCAACCAGCUGCAUAAACCAGAAAGCUAAAAGUACAGCUAUCAUGCUUGUAAACAAAUGAGUGUUAACAAAAAAAUAUAUAGAUUGUUGUUUAUAAAUAAUGUUUUGUUGUUGCAUUUAACUGCCGAAAAUGCUAUUAUCGCGGUAAUUUCCUUAAUAGGUGAUGUCAGAGGUCAGCAUGUGGGAGAAGUGGGAGCUCAUGCCACGUUCAUGUGCUAGUCCAAAUUAGAAAACUCCGAAAUCUCCGACUUGCUGACUGGUUGAACACGGCACUUGUAUAACUAACUACAACCAGUUAGCAAAUUGAACAUUUGAGAGUUUCCUAGUUUACUAGCACUUGAACGCAGCAUCAGGAUGAUAUAGGACUUUCCCACUAGUAAUUACCAGUUGGAGGGCCGUUCAAGUGGAUCUUUCCCAGUCGUAUGUGGUAAAUUCCCACUUCCCACUUGGUUACACGAACGCAGCAUGAGUCUGACCAUUUACAAUCAAUGUCAUUGAACACAGCUGUUGCAUAAACUCGCUACAUGGCAGCUGUACAUUUCAUUGAAUAUCAGUGGAGUUAUAAUUUAGAGCUGAAACGUAGCUUUCUUUCUGUUCUUUUGCAGGGUUAGCAUUCAUUGUGGCUUCUCAAAUAACGCAGGUAAGUAAGCUACACUCAAUGAUUUAUAUAUACAUAAUUGGCUGCAGUAGGUUACUGCCAGUGCAAGGUUUGCUACUAGUGGUUGCUGCCUGGUGUCAUAGAUGUAACAUAGUAAAUGUAAAUCCGGGACACUCAAAUUAGUAUGAUAUGUUACGCUUUGGUAUGGUUACAUAAGAUAAGCUUACUUAAAGCAAAAUUGUAAGGAGGGUGGGCAGGAAUGUCUAGCAACUCAAAGGUUGCGUGUUCGAAUCUCAUCAUAGACAACUUUAACAUUUUAGCUAAUUAGCAACUGUGAAACUACUUUUUGACUACUUGACAACUACUUAGCAUGUUAACUAACCUUAACCCUUUAACCUAACCCAUAGCCUAGCUAACAUUAGCGUUAGCCACCUAGCUAAUGUUAACUCCUACAAAAUGGAAUUCGUAACAUAUCAUACGUGUUGCAAAUACGUAACAUUAUACGAAAUGGAUGGACAUCCACAAUUUUAAUAUAUCCAAAAUUAAAUGUAACAUAUCUUACUAAAUGGAUGGAGACAGAUUUACUAUAUAUCGUUAUGUCUACCCCUGAGUCCAGGUCACUGAUUAGCCUAUGGGUUUCCAUCAACAUUGUUGAUGGGCGGGUACAGCGUGUUUUGUAGAACGACAAAUAUUCCAUAGAUCUGUUUUAAAAUCUGUUUUAGGCGGCUGAAAGUAAUGCCAGAAGAGACCAAUAUUACUGCAAAACCUGUCGUCUCAAUGCCUUACAACUUGAGGUCCAAAUUGCCCGUGAAAGUGGCCAAUCCUUCAUAUCAGGAAGAAUGUGCAGUUCCAAAGGUAACGUUAUGACAGAUGCGUUGAUAUUUAUGGUAGGCUAAUAGUGAACUGUCAUUGGUUAUACUGGGGUACAAGAAUGUUGUCAUUCUACAUGUGGCAGUCUCUUCUUGGGACAGUUAGCCAUUCUUAUUUGGCUACUGUGAAGGCACAAUCUGGGAUAUUUCUAGCCCUUAUGUAUGGCCUUGGGUUCUCAAGAGCUAGGAUAUUUCCUUCUGUUCAGUAGAUAUUUCACUUAAUUUAUGCCCAUUGGGUAUUGAAGAAUAUUAUGAAUGCCUCAUGUCUUCCACAUCUUAACCAAACAUAUAAAUUGGACAUUUUAGUAUUUGUAAAUAUACUUUAUAACAAACCAAGUGACGGGGCUACUGUUGGAUUGAAACAAACUCACGAUUGUGCUUUUAAAUGUUGAAUUGAAGGUCCAGACCAAGUCAGAGGAGAAUGUUUCCUUACCAGGAAAACCUGCCACCUCAUAUGGCCUGAGGUCCAGGGUGCCUUUGGGAAAUGCAGCAAACAAACUGAACAACAACGCCAAAGGAAUUAAAACAAAUGUAAAUAUUUCUCUUUUGUCAAUUAAUAUAUUUAUUACUACAGUUUGGUUUUUGGUGCAACUUUUGAAUGAUUAUCUGCAUUUUAUUUUCCUGAGAAACAGACCGGUGUUCACGUCAAACCAGCCCAACGUAAGCAGAGUGCUACUGAAAGAGUCCGUGUUGUUAUUUCAAAGGAAGACAAGGAGAACACUGGGGCUGGCAACUGUGACCUGGUGAGAUUUCAGGAGAAAAGGUUGAAGCCGUGCUUGGCUGUAGUCAGAUAUGCAUUACUCUUCUAUGUAAAUGUUUCAUGUUAAUCCAAUAUGCUCAAAUCAGAGUUUUCAUCUGUUCAUGCGCAGUAGUUGUCUGUAGUUCAGUUUCACAAAGACUUCCAUCCACAUCUCCAUAUCUUGUUGUCCUUUAGGCCAAGCCCAUUCCAGCUGCCCCUGAGGAGCCUCAGAGCCAUGAGGCCACUCGGAACGAGGGGCUCAAUGUGCCACAGGCCUUCUCACAUGCCCUGCUCAACAUCCCAGAUGUGGACUCUGCAGACGCAGGCGACUCCUCGCUGUGCAGUGACUAUGUGAAAGACAUUUAUGCUCAUCUAAGGAACCUGGAGGUUUUCAAAUUGGACAAAUCUCUACUGUCAUCUAUCUCUUGUUUUGUUCUGAGACUAAUUACAUUUAAUGUGAUUUUUUAUUUUUAAAAAAAAAAAAAUUUGGGGGGGGGGGGGGGGUGUUGCCAAUAAGCGGCAACACCUGUUUCCCCUUUUCACUACAUUAACCAUUAUUAGUCAUGAUCCUGAGUCUCAUCACAGACCCCUCUCUUCUCAAUGUCUGACAGGUUGCCAUGGCUAUCAAACCAUGUUAUCUGCAGGGGUGUGAUGUGACAGGGAGCAUGCGGAGUAUUCUAGUUGACUGGCUGGUACAGGUCCAGAGUCAGUUCAGACUGCACCAGGAGACCCUCUACAUGACUGUUGGGAUCAUUGACCGCUUUCUCCAGGUAUAGCUUGUUUUUCCUCUGAUGGUCAGAUACAUUUGAGUUAUUUAUAUAUAUUUUUUAUCCAUUGUUUCUUUUUUGCUCAGGACAAUCCAGUGCCAAAGAAGUCUCUGCAAUUGGUUGGUGUCACUGCGAUGCUCAUCGCUUCCAAGUACGAGGAAAUCUCUCCUCCCGUGGUGGAGGACUUUGCCCAUACAACAGACUUCACAUACUCCUGUGCUGAGAUACGCUUGAUGGAAAUGACCAUUCUGAAAGCCUUGAACUAUAAACUGGGACGACCACCCCCAGUUCACUUUCUAAGGAGAGCUGCCAAGGUUGGGAAGGUGCGUUUUUGAAUGUAAUACAGCUCUCCUGAAGUGAACUCACCCAACUUGCUUCAUGCUAUAACUGACAACCUUAUUUUUGUAUUCCUUAAUUGAACUUGCUGACCAGCUAUUUAAAAGUUACCAUUGGAUCGGAGCCCACAUGGCAACAAAUGAUAUUGCAUGCCAGUACACUUAUCUUUCCAGCUUCAGCCUGUUGGUUAUGGGCUGGCUAAAUACCUGCUGGAGCUGACCCUCCUGGACUAUGCCUCAGUUCACUAUCCACCAUCCCUCACCGCUGCUGCAGCUGUUGCUUUAUCAUUCAGGAUCUUUCAAGAUUCUGCUGGUUAUGAAUGGGUCAGUAAUGAGCAACUAAUAUUUUAGACUUAUGUGAAGUGUAUGAAACUAGACACUUAACCCAUAAUCAUUCGAUUUUUGGGGGGGGGUUAUGACUCCUGAUAAAGGUACAGUUAUGGAGUGAUAUUUGUCAACAGAAGUGUUUAAGUUGUAACUGAAUUGAUACUUAAUGUUUGCUUCAUAGACCCCAGCCCUGCAGCACUACACAGGCUACACAGAGCUCUCUCUGCUACCUGUGAUGCAAUGCAUUGCCAAGAUGCUGGAGCGCUUGAGUGAUGGCAGCAUGAAACAGUUGGUGAGCCCAGCCUUUAGAUUACUUUUAGCCCAGUGAUGUACUGUAGGGCCACACAGUGAUGUUUAACUGAAACCCUUUUUUUUCUCCAGUCAAUCAAGCAGAAGAAAACCUCAAACUACUCAGGGUCAGCUGUCUCCCAGAGCUGA